UUUUGACACCGGAUUGAAAUUGGCCCCAAACUGUGCAAAUUGAAUCUUGGAAAUCUUGGCAAAUUAGCGAUCUACUGCAAGCAUGUCCACACUCUUCACAAGAGUUUAGUCGUGACUCGGUUGUCAGGGAUUUGGCUGGCAAGUCGCAAAAAAUGGAGGAAAUUGAUCAUGUCAGUUGGACGAGUUUGGGCAAAGCCGUGGCACCGUCUCCAAUCGGGACGGCUUUCCCAAUGACCGUAGAGUUAGGCCUAACGAUUAGCUUUAUAACGCUCUAUGGAUUUAUCUUCGGCUUGGUUUACAUCCAGCUCAUACUCAUCCUGUAUUAUGGACACAAGCGUCUCAGUUUCCAAACGGUUUUCCUGUUCCUGUGCCUCAUCUGGGCUGGCGUACGAGUUACACUGUUCACGUUUUACAUCAACAACACGAUACAAGUGGACGAUUUGCAGAUUUUUGGAUACUGGUUCUUCUUCUGUUUUCCAGUGUGCCUACAGUUCAUCACCCUCUGUUUGCUGGUGUUGUACUUUGCACAGGUCCUGUUCAAACUGAAAGCAAGGACCAAGCCUGAGAACUACAAGCGGCAUAUACGGCAUGUCCGUAUCACCUUUGUUGUAAUGGUGACAAUUUUCCUGGUUAUGAACAUCACCUGCGCCGUGUUGACGCGGCUUUACAGCAACUCCCCUGUGCUCGUGCCAAUCCGCGUCAGUAUCAGUGGGUUACUCUUCAUCCUGGCCGGGGUUGUCCUGGCAUACCUCAUCUGGAAACUAUCCAGGAUGCAGUUUGUGGGCAGUAUGCUCCUGGAAGCCAGGGGAGCCACAUUGUUUCAGACAUCGACUGCUUGUGUGUUUAUUAUUCUCCUGUAUGUCUCACGGGCUGUGUACAACAUCAUAGCCAUCACCAGGACUUGUCCCUCAUUCGGUUACAACUGGAUUAACGUCUCUGACCAGGCUGAUAUGAUCAAUACACUGAAGGGGCUUCGGUACCUGUCGUUUGGCAUUAUUCUGUUCAUCUGGGAGUUUCUGCCGACGUUCAUUGUGGUCAUGUUUUUCAGAGUCAGAAAAUUUGCAGCAAAUGUGCAGCAUGUUCCUAAGGAUCCGGACUGCCCCAAAACGCCUUCAAGAGCCUACUUCUUUGACAACCCUCGAAGGUAUGACAGUGAUGAUGACCUCACACGGACACACAGCAGUACAAAUGCCACACCCAGAGACUAUCAAGGGGAAAAUAUGUCCAUCCCAAGCACACCCAUCAACGGUACUCCCCAUGUGGGCUAUGGAACCAUCGUUCGCAGUAGCAGCUACCCGACAGGCUACGGGGUACCAGGAAUGACACCACCCAUGCUGUUUGCAGGUAUUCCCGGUAAUAUCUCCAUACGUGGCUAUCAUGAAAAUGAGGCACCUGAAUGACAAAAAAAGAUACAUUAUUACAAACUAGAGUGUCUCCUUCACCCUGGAAAUAGAAUGUCUGUGAUUGGGAUUCUGUGCUGAAUAGGACUAAGUACUGCAUACUUUACCACCUGUCUCCCCAUGGAGAAGUAAUGUCUUGUACAUGUAUAAUUUAGGGAUAUCCUAAAUCCUUGUACAUCAACAUUGGUUUCAAAAAUCAGUUCAUGGUGGACAUGUACAUUCAUGGGUUAAUCCACCCUCCAGGAAAUAGAGUUAUGUUUUGUCAUCAUUGAGUCUCUCAACAAGGAGUAUUGAAUCACUGUGACUUGUCCAGAUGGACCAAGGCUAAAGGUAAAAAAAGAAAAGAAAUGAGCAUGCUUAACCGAGCACAUGGAAACUGCUUCUACUGAGUAAAACUCCAGCCGUGAUCAGACCUAGAGUGUUUGAUUUUUUCAUGUGCCAACAGCCAACACAGUUGCCAGUGUUCAGUAGGUAUGUGGUCAUUCUGGCAAUGAAGACUUCCUUCACAGUUUUGUUCACCCCCCGCCCCCUCUACUUUUUUUGGGAGAUGAAUGCUAACAUAACUACUUGUAUGGUAGCAUUCGCACUAUAGAAAACACUUUUAUUGGAAUUCAAAAUGUCAUUACCCCUGAUAGUUCAGCAGUCAGUAUUUCCUGAUUAUCUGCACUUCCUGUGAACACUUAGUUCAUUUUAAGCUGUGUAAUUGGUUGCCUCAGUCUAAAGUACCCACAGUAGCUAACAGGAACUCUGAGUAGCCUACCUCUGGUUAGGGAGAACCAAAUGUGAAGUGCCCCGGAAUCAUCUUCAAGAGGGUAGUCAUAAUAUUCAAUGUUCCAGGGUUCCCAGGGUCAUGGAAAUUUAUGGAGCAUCCUAGGAAAAAGUUGUUUAGAGAAUCUUGAAAAAGUCAUGAAAAAUAAGGAAUAGAAAAUAGGAUGCCAUGGAAUCCUGUUUACUGAGAAAACCAAAAAGUAACAGAAAAGUCAUGGAAAUCAAGACCCUGCAAGGGUUAUUUUUGAUUGGCUGUGGGCCCCUUUUAAUAACAGAAUGAUAUAUUUACAGGUGUCAUCUUGGCGGCCUAUAGUUGUGGUAAUGGCAGUCUUCCAUUUCAUAAAACCAAACAACUUUUUUUUGCAAAAAUGGCAUUAAAUGUCAUGGAAAUUGUCUUCAUAAUGUUAGUCCUGGAAAAAGUCAUGGAAUUUGGCUUGCAAAUUUCUGUGGGAGCCCGUUCGUUUAACUGACAAUGUUGAAUUAGCAUUUCAUGUUCAGUGCUCUCCAAAAGCUUGUGUGAAAACAUUCAGUGUGACUUGAACCCAUGACCUCACACUUGACCAUGUAGAUGUCUUACCCACUUUGCCAUGAAACUCACUCAGGUGAGUUACUUGGUUUGGAUCUGGUGAAGUAUUGGACCGUCAGUGAUUAACAGUCAAAGACUAGGUCACAAGAAUACUGCCGUAAGGACAGACAAUUCAGAUAACACUGAUGAGCUGAAACAGUACUGCACCUCAUUAUUUCAUGAUAAAACAGGAUGUAAAAGUACUUGCUCAUAUUUGCUGGAACAAGGGAAGGCUUUUUAGUUUUGUAGGGUAUGUACAUGUACAUUUGUCUCCUUGAAACUUAAGCUUUAUUGGCUGAAGCAUCUGUUGGAUUGUGGAGAGGAUUACAUUGUAAGAACUGUCAGUCAAAUGAGGUCAGAAUGAUGCUGUACCAUUUAUUU